AAAUUACACACAUAAUUUACAGCCAGCUGUGUAUGUUUACAUGCAAGCAUAGUGAUCGCUAGGGCUUAAGAAAAUGAAUGACAAUGAAAGUGGAGAAAACAGAGUUAGAAGAGGAGAUGAGAAAGUUGCCUUUUACAAACUGUUUGUGUUUGCAGAUAGAUUAGAUGUGUUGUUAAUGAUCACUGGGGUGAUCGGGGCUGUUGCCAAUGGAUUGACACAGCCUCUCAUGUUGGUUGUGAUGAGCCAGCUUAUUAAUACUUUUGGGAAAACUAAUGGUGAUGAUAUUACUCGUGAAAUCUCUAAGGUAUGCCUUCUGUAUGUAUACUUGGCCAUUGGUGCAGGCAUUGCUUCAGUUCUACAGGUAUCUUGUUGGAUGGUGUCUGGGGAGAGACAGGCUGCUCGUAUACGUGGACUCUACUUAAAAACAAUAUUGAGACAGGACAUUGCAUUCUUCGACACUGAAACAACAACUGGAGAGGUCAUUGGGAGAAUGUCUGGCGACACCAUUCUCAUCCAAGAUGCCAUGGGUGAAAAGGUUGGGAAAUUCAUUCAGCUUAUGUCAACAUUUAUGGGAGGCUUUGUGAUUGCUUUUGUAAGAGGAUGGCUCCUUGCUCUAGUUCUAACUUCUUGCAUUCCUGCUGUUCUCAUUGCUGGCGGAUUCAUGGGAUUAAUAAUGGCCAAAAUGUCAAGUCGUAGUCAGGUUGCUUAUGCUGAAGCUGGAAAUGUAGUUGAACAAACCAUUGGAGCCAUUCGAACUGUCGUUUCCUUUACUGGGGAGAAGAAUGCAAUGGAAAAGUAUGAUAGCAAGAUUCUUAUUGCUUAUGCCACUGCAAAGCACAAUGGCAUAGCCUCAGGAUUAGGUAUUGGCGCAGUGAUAUUGAGCGUUUUCAGCACUUAUGGACUAGCCAUAUGGUAUGGAUCAAAGCUUAUCAUAGAAAAAGGGUAUGAUGGUGGAAAGGUCAUGAACGUUAUCAUGUCAAUCAUCACUGGGGGCAUUUCAUUAAGCCAAACACUGCCAAGUUUAAGUGCAUUUUCAGCAGGGCAGGCUGCAGCCUAUAAAAUGUUUGAGACAAUCAACCGUAAACCAAAUAUUGAUGCAUAUGAUACCAGUGGAGUUGUAUUGAGUGACAUCAAAGGUGCUAUUGAGCUGAAAGAUGUGUAUUUUAGGUAUCCAGCAAGGCCUGACGUGCAAAUAUUUUCUGGUUUAUCGUUAAGCAUAUCGAGUGGUGUAACUGCAGCGCUGGUUGGGCAAAGUGGAAGUGGGAAAUCAACAGUUAUUAGUCUUCUGGAAAGAUUUUAUGAUCCCGACUCUGGUCAAGUCCUUAUUGACGGGGUUGAUUUGAAGAGAUUUCAGCUUAAAUGGAUAAGAGGGAACAUGGGGCUUGUGAGUCAAGAACCAGUUUUGUUUGCUACAACAAUAAAAUCAAAUAUCGCUUAUGGAAAGGAAAAUGCUACUGAAGAGGAGAUAAGAAUGGCUAUUGAGCUGGCCAAUGCUGCAACGUUCAUUGACAAAUUACCCGAGGGUCUGGACACAAUGGUAGGUGAACAUGGAACUCAGAUGUCUGGUGGGCAAAAGCAAAGAAUUGCAAUUGCAAGGGCUAUCCUGAAGAACCCCAAAAUUAUUCUUCUCGAUGAAGCAACAAGUGCUCUUGAUGCUGAAUCAGAAAGUGUUGUGCAAAAUGCACUCGAGAAGGUCAUGAAAAACAGAACUACUGUUGUUGUUGCACAUCGUCUCACGACCAUCAGAAAUGCAGACAUGAUAGCUGUUGUUCAUGCUGGGAAACUCGUAGAGAAAGGAACUCAUGAUGAGUUGAUUAAAGAUCCAGAAGGUGCCUACACUCAGUUAAUCCGAAUGCAAGGUGGGGGUACUAAUCAGGGUGAAGCAACUCGAGAUGUGGAAGCAGAAGAGGAUGAUAAAAACAUUAGCAGCUCCUCUAGCCAAGGAUUUUCCACUAUGAGAUCCUUAAGCAGAGGGUCUAGUCGAUCUUCAUAUCUAGCUUCUGUUCCAGGUUUCAACCAUAUUGAUGAAUCUCUCCUAGGAGAUGGUGAGAAUAGCACUACCAGAAGAGAAAACAAUGAAACUGAUAAGCAAAAGAAGGAAGAUUUUAUUUGGUGGCGGUUGGCCUAUUUAAACAAACCGGAGCUUUCAGUUUUGAUCCUUGGCUCAGUUGCAGCAUGUAUCAAUGGUGUGGUCUUCCCUUUGUUUGGUCUAUUAAUAUCAAAGGCCAUCAAGAUUUUCUUUGAACCUCAUGCUAAGCUACGAAAGGAUUCUAGAUUUUGGGCACUCAUGUAUGUUGGUCUUGGUUGCGUUACCAUUGUUGUCAUACCAGUGCAGAAUUAUUUCUUUGGAGUAGCAGGAGGAAAAUUAAUUCAACGAAUUCGCUCAUUAUCAUUCCAGAAGAUUGUGCACCAGGAAAUUAGUUGGUUUGAUGACCCUGCAAACUCUAGUGGAGCAGUUGGUGCCCGAUUAUCAACUGAUGCUACAACAGUCCGAAGUCUUGUUGGUGAUGCAUUGGCAUUGAUUGUCCAAAACAUGGCAACAAUAGUAGCCGGAGUUGUUAUAUCAUUCACUGCUAAUUGGAUGCUUGCACUGAUAAUUGUAGCGGUUCUUCCUUUGAUGCUACUGCAAGGACUCCUUCAGACAAAGUUUAAUAAAGGGUUUAGUGCCGAUGCCAAGGUGAUGUAUGAACAAGCCAGUCAAGUUGCAAACGAUGCAGUUGGCAGCAUAAGAACUGUUGCAUCAUUUUGUGCUGAAGACAAAGUGAUGGCUAUGUACCAAAAGAAAUGUGAUGGCCCCAUGAAAUCAGGGAUUAGGCUUGGAAUUGUGAGCGGUGUUAGUUUCGGCAUGGGUUCUUCAGUUAUCUUCUUAGUUAACUCUUUCAUUUUCUACAUUGGAUCAGUCCUGGAGAAGCAUGGGAAAGCUACUUUUGCUGAAAUUUUCAGAGUUUUCUUUGCUCUUACGAUGACGGCGAUCGGAGUUAGUCAGACCAUUGGCAUGGCACCAGAUCUUGAGAAGGUCAAGAACUCAGCUGCUUCUAUUUUCAAAAUUCUUGAUAGUAAACCCAAAAUAGAUUCCAGCAAUGAUGAAGGCUUGAUGAUAGAUACUGUAAAAGGUGAUGUUGAAUUGCGGAAUGUCAGCUUCAAGUACCCGACAAGACCCAAUAUUCCAAUUUUCGUAGAUUUGUGCUUAAUUAUACCCUCUGGCAAGACUGUAGCACUUGUUGGAGAGAGUGGAAGUGGAAAAUCUACGGUAAUUAGUCUGAUUGAGAGGUUCUAUGAUCCUGAUGGCGGUCACAUUUAUCUCGAUGGUGUGGAACUCAAGACAUUGAAGCUUAACUGGCUAAGGCAACAAAUAGGAUUAGUAAGUCAGGAGCCUGUGCUGUUCAACGAGACCAUCCGUGAGAACAUUGCCUAUGGUAAAAACGGUGAAGCUACUGAGGAAGAGAUUAUUGCAGCAACAAGAUCCUCAAAUGCACAUGACUUCAUAUCAGCAUUACCCCAGGGGUAUGACACAAAUGUUGGCGAGAGAGGGGUGCAAUUAUCUGGCGGACAGAAGCAACGAAUAGCGAUUGCAAGGGCUAUAAUCAAGGACCCGAAGAUCCUUUUGCUUGAUGAAGCCACAAGCGCCCUUGACACAGAAUCGGAGAGAAUAGUCCAGGAUGCAUUGGACAGAGUUAUGGUGAACAGAACGACGGUUGUGGUGGCACAUCGACUAGGCACCAUUAAAGGCGCGGAUAUUAUAGCAGUUGUGAAGAAUGGUGUGAUUGCCGAGAGAGGAAAUCACAAUGCACUUGUGAGCAUUCCUAAUGGAGUGUAUGCUUCUCUUGUUGCACUUCACAUGACCUCAACAUGAAUGUAUUAUCAAAGGUUACACCAAAUGUUGGAUAAGCCAGAAUAGUGAGGCUUCCACUAUAGUAGUUGUGCAGCUACUGACACAUAGGUCCUUGUAAUAUUUCGCAAUCUGCAAUUUUUUAAAAUGGCUGUUUCU